AAUUUCUGUUACAUUAGUAUUUUAUAUUUCAAACAGCGAGCCGCGCCCAUUGGGAUAAUAUUUGGUAUGUAAAUGUAGUUUUGAUACCGAUUUUCUCUUGAUCUAUUCAUAUGGUCCAUAAAGGAGACGGGUGAGGCUGGCGACCUUUUCAUUAUGAUAGCCAAGUAUCUAGAGUUGUCUUGUUAACUCAGUCAUCGAGUACCACAGGGUCUCCGUGGCUAAAAUAGAUACGGGAUAUUAAGAGAAUGUACUGAAAUGGAUACGAGAUGCUACGAACUUACACUGAAAUAGAUACGAGAUAUUACGAGACUGCAUCGGACGCCAUCACAUCUCACAUAGAGCCAGGAAGCUAGACUCUUCAAUUCUCCUGUAAGUUAAAUCCCGUACAUAACUCCUGUAACAAUUACAUAUUAUAAUAAGAUUAAUGUAUGUGCCUUCACUUAUUUUGGGCAUACUAUAUUAACGAAUCACAUAUUUUUUCAACAGGAUUAUUGCUCGUUCGGAAAUUUGAAAAAAAAAAAAAAUCUUUAUUGCCUGUUUGGUAUUUUGCUCAUGCUUUGAAUCCCAUGUAACAUACCGAGUUGUCACACGUGUUUAUUGAACGAGUGUCAUACUGUGGAUAGAUAACCUUUAUAACACUCACCCACAGUUAUCCACUUUGUCUCUUGCCAGUCAUUUAAAUUUACAGAUGCUUGUCAUGCCGAAAAUAACCUGUGUUAUAUAAAUGUAACUUUUCAGAUAUUGUCCUUCUUUCGCUUUAUAUGCUUUUAACCAUACUCUUAGAGCCAAUAAAAAAUAUAUAGGUCUCAGGACCUAAUUUUUUUUUGAGUUUCUAUAAUUUCUAAUAACUAAAUAUUUAAAACUGUCAGUCACCCACAGCUCGACUCCAUAUAUAUUUUCAGAUUGGUGUUGCCAUGGAAAAGCAUGUACAAUUAAUCCUCAUUAGUCUGCGUCAGUCGACGAUGACUUUUUGCAUAAUCCACAUACACAUAUGUUUCCCUCUGGUAUGCGGGACACAGAAGGAACAAGAACAUUCCAAACAAGAACUGAAAUGUUUUGAUUCUAGCAGAAUCUUGGAAAGCUGUCCGAUAUUUGCAUACUCGCGUUGUAGACAGUGGGUGCCAUGCACGGGUUGCAGAGAAAUCACUGUUUGUCCUGCCAGCGUUGAGUACAAAAAUUACCGUCGACGCUUAUCGUCAUACAGACAUCUGAGUUUUGAUUCUGAUUCAUUGCAAGCAAGCAUGUUGGCCCAGGACGGCUUCUACUUUGAAUACAGCGAACAAGGCGCAAGAUUGACCUGCUUUAGGUAACAGUAGCAACUGCGUUGGGAACAAUAGACCAAAUUUAAUAGCUACUUUGAAGUAAGGGACACAAUAACAGGCAAAGUGGUCAGCCGGAUUUCGAGAAUGAUAUUUUUUUUUUUUUAUCAUUGUUAUCUUAAUAAUCUUACCAAAAAAGUUUCAUGGGUUUGUGCACACUGCAUUUACAACGAUAAUCAGAUUUCUAUGAUCGGUUUUGAAAACGUUUUAUUGAUGAUUUUAAAAAAACCAACUAAACAUGAAUCAAAUUUUAAUUAUUUUUAUAAAAAUGGCAGAGAAAAUGUCCAAAAUAGUUUAAAUAAUUAAAAAAAAAUAAUAUACUUAAUUUUAAGAAAAUUACAAUGAUUGAUGCAUGCCCCCCCCCCCCAAAAGGAAUUUUCGGUAAAAAAGUCCCUGGCCUAUAUAUUUACCUAAUAUAUAUUUAUCACGGCCAGUAAAAAGGAGAUGAUCAAGUUAAAUCAUAUAUCUACAAUCAAUAAUAGUUUUGUAAAAAGUUGAAUCUAAAAUCCAUUAAAUAUUCUUAAGGAUCUGUCCUGUUUUACUUUUAACAUAUAUUUAAGGGCCUAUAGGUAGUCGAUAAUGCAAUGGGUGCUGUGUGAUGCUAUGUUGAGAUUGUUGUGAAGCUAUAAAAAUAACAUGCUAAGGAAAUACUUUCUAAUCCCCAUCUUCGCUUCUUUUUGUUUUUCCACCCCGUUUACGAGCAGCUGCCAAGCAUCGUGGACACUGCCAGAAAUGGAACGGGCACAGGGGAAUAGGCAUCACCUGGAAUGUGAUUUCAGGUAUGGUGAGAAUUAUCUAAAAAAAAAUAAUAUGACCAAAUACAUCCAGGCAGCUGACAUACAUUCUCAGACAACUCAUUGCGUGUAAAACUCUAAAGACAGACACAAACUGUUUUUAAAAUCAAAUUAUUAUGACUAUGGCUACUAGUUACCUCGAAUGACAAUCUUUUAAAACUUGGUCGACGCCGCAGCUAAGAUAAUAGCACAAAUCCAUGUUUCAUUUCUUUUGUUAAUAAAAAAAAAGUUACUUUAAAUACCUUUAAAGACGUACAGUUUACAUUUUAAACAUGUACAUCUCUUGUUAUGUAAAUGGUCCAUUUCACUAAGAGCUUUUGAAAUUUAAGGACAUAUUUUCUUUGACUUCAGACCGCCUCAUAUCAGACAGCCACAAGGCAGCGAAGACGAGUCGGUGGCUCCAAUAGACCUCUCAUCGGGGUACACUUACCAAGAACUUUUCUAUGGAUCCGACCGAGUCCCCUAUGACCCAUAUGCCGCUACCAUUGACAGGUGAAAUUGUAUGUAACCGAUGGCUUGCAGUGUAUUUGAUGAUGCUUUCUAAAAUGCCAUAUGGCCUCUUGUAAUUAUAUUGUUGUAGCAUCACUGCUCAACAUCACUGCUUACCUUUGUCGUAGCACGAUAUAAUUCAAUUAAGUAUACAAAUCGGCAAUACAUUGUGUCAGUUUUAGACGUGGCACUCUUCUGUUUUCAACACACACAAACACAAAUAUCCAUCCAUCCAUCCAUCCAUCCAUCCAUCCAUCCAUCCAUCCAUCCAUCCAUCCAUCCAUCCAUCCAUCCAUCCAUCCAUCCAUCCAUCCACCCAUCCAUCCAUCCAUCCAUCCAUCCAUCCAUCCAUCCAUCCAUCCACCCAUCCAUCCAUCCAUCCAUCCAUCCAUCCAUCCAUCCAUCCAUCCAUCCAUCCAUCCAUCCAUCCAUCUAUCCAUCUAAUCUAAUCUAAUCUAAUCUAAUCUAAUCUAUUCUAAUCUAAUCUAAUCUAAUCUAAUCUAAUCUAAUCUAAUCUAAUCUAUCGGUCUGUCUGUCUGUCUAUCUAUCUAUCGAAAUCUUCAUACACACAUCAUUAAAUGCUAUAUAUUAUAAAUGUGUCAACAAUGACUGCGGCUGCCACUUAAUACCAGUAAUUCCACAGACGCCGGAGCACUCGUCACAGAAACCUAUUCGGAGAUAUGAACCCGCAGCCUGAUGCUGACACCCUCAGGACGACGCUGGGUGUUCGCAUAUGUGAACACAGAAAAUCCAUGGAUGUGCACGGAAUGCCAUCAAGAAGGUUAGAGUAAUACUAUAAAACAAAAUAUGUUCUUGUUUUAUCACUAUAGAUGUGUUUAUAUGGUAGCUGAUAUAAAACCAGUUAAUACACAUCAUCAUUACGGCUGUACAUCAUUUACCGUGUUCAUCAUUCCCCUGGUCUCAAAUCCACCCCUCCCCAAUUCUCCAUUAUCAUUCCGACACACCCUCCCAUUCCCCACUCCUAACCCUUGACGUCGAGAAAUAUGUAAAAUAAAUAGAUUUCAAUAAGUAAUCCAGAGAAGGUGUUCAUCAUUUCGACGAGAAAAUGGACUUCACUUCUACAACUCAACCCUAGUCUUUUAUAAGUUUAAGAAAUAGUAAAAUCAGUGAGGUAGCGUCAUCUUGUUCAUCACCAUCAGUGGCGCUACAGCCCAUGUUAGGCCAUGGCCUACUCCACUACAUCCGCCAUCUUGUUUAUCAUCAUCAGUGGCGCUCCAGCCCAUGUAAGGCCCUGGCCUGGUCCACCGCAUCCAUCUUCUUGUUCAUCACCAACAGUGGCGCUACAGACCAUGUAGGGCCCUGGCCUGGUCCACCGCAUCCAUCUUCUUGUUCAUCACCAACAGUGGCGCUACAGACCAUGUAGGGCCCUGGCCUGGUCCACCGCAUCCAUCGUCUUGUUCAUCACCAACAGUGGCGCUCCAGCCCAUGUAAGGCCCUGGCCUGGUCCACCGCAUCCAUCUUCUUGUUCAUCACCAACAGUGGCGCUCCAGCCCAUGUAAGGCCCUGGCCUGGUCCACCGCAUCCAUCUUCUUGUUCAUCACCAACAGUGGCGCUACAGACCAUGUAGGGCCCUGGCCUGGUCCACCGCAUCCAUCUUCUUGUUCAUCACCAACAGUGGCGCUACAGACCAUGUAGGGCCCUGGCCUGCUCCACUGCAUCCAUCUUCUUGUUCGUCAUCAGUGGCGCUACAGCCCAUGUAGGGCCCUGGCUCUCUCAAUCACAUCCGUCAUCUUAUUACCAUAGUAUUUUGAGUUUUUUUUUUGUUAACCUCGUGUCAAAAAUGAGAAAUCUGGUUCAAACAUUGAAGUCUUUGAUAAUACAGAAUUUGAUAAUAGAGAAUUUGAAGCUGAUAUGCAAAGGUUUUAAUCUAAAUUAUUUAAAACCUGACCUUUUAUACUCUAAAUUUGCAAAAAUCUUUGCCGGAGUAUUUCUGUUCAUAUCCUCGCUGUCAUUCACGUCUUGAAAAGACUGACGAAUGCCACAUUUUAGAAUUUUAACUUACUUAUAAUAUAAGACAACUGACAUAUUAUUGAACUCUCCCACAAGAAGAUGCCGUCGUCGGGACGGUGAGGACACAGAAGACACGAGUCGUGAUUUGCAUCCCACGGGGCCCAGCCGGGAACAACAAGACAUUUUGCCGGGAAGUUCGGACGAGACGGGGUUGUCUGACGCGGUAGGUGGAUGUGAGCUCAGUGGUAAGUGAACAAUUACGUCAUCCGUGCUAUAUUUUUAAAAAACUCUUUAAAAUUAAAGCCAAUAGUUUUCUGCACCGUUCUAAGCUCAAUUUAUUUCCUAUGAUAAAAAGGAGUCUUGGGAUGUGCCCAAAAAUAUGAAAAUAAAUGAAAUAUGUUUGAGUAAUUGGCCUGUGGCAUUGUUAAGACUUUAAAUUUUUAUAAGGGAAAUAUUUUAAUUCUAUAUUCACUUCUCAGCAACUGGUAUUUUUUCAAUUUUUCUUAUGUUUUCUAAGAUCCAGAAGAAGACCUAGACUAAACUAUGACGUCAGACAUACAUACGAUCAGCAACCAUUUCAGCACAUCGCGUUUCAGAUGGCCUGUGGCAUUGUUAAGACUUUAAAUUUAUAUAAGGGAAAUAUUUUAAUUCUAUAUUCACUUCUCAGCAACUGGUAUUUUUUUCAAUUUUUCAUAUGUUUUCUAAGAUCCAGAAGAAGACCUAGACUAAACUAUGACGUCAGACAUACAUACGAUCAGCAACCAUUUCAGCACAUCACGUUUCAGAUGAGUGCUAAAGUUUGAACGCCGGCAGCAUACGAACGCCAGGCUUGUUAAGUCAGAGUAGCAAUGGUUCGAUGUCUUCCCUCCCCCCCCCCACACCCCUUCAUUACAUAUUAAUACGAC